UCGCCGCGGGCCGCGGCUGCGUCCGCCUCCGGUCCCCCCUCAGGAGUCGCCGCGCUCCGGGGGCGCAAUGGCGCUGGAGGCGCGGAGGAUGGAGGGCGACGUGGAGGACGGCGAGCUCUCCGACUCGGACUCCGACAUGCCCGGCGCCGGCUCCCCCGGGGACCCGCAGCAGAAAUCACUUGAUGGCAAUGAUUCAGGUAGACCAUUCCAGAGCAGCAUUUCAUCAUGUGCACCAAGUGUUCCUUAUCGGACAACCAAAAGCGUGGAUUCAAGUGAUGAAAGCUUUUCUGAAUCUGAUGAUGACAGCUGUCUGUGGAAACGAAAACGACAGAAAUGUUUCAACUUUCCUUCUGCUAAAUCCGAGCCUUUUCAGCUUAGCCAGAGCCACCAGAAACAAACUGCUCUAGGUGGCAAGAAGGUCAACAACAUUUGGGGUGUGGUGCUCCAGGAGCAGAAUCAGGAUGCGGUGGCUACUGAACUUGGGAUUCUGGGCAUGGAUGGUAGUAUUGACAGAAGCAGGCAAUCUGAGACUUACAAUUAUUUAUUGGCUAAAAAGCUGAUGAAGGAAGCUCAGCAAAAGGAGGCAGAGACUUUAGAUAAAGAACUGGAUGAAUACAUGCAUGAUGACAAGAAAACAUUGCCAGCAGAAGACGAUAAUGGGCAAGGCUUUCCCAAGCGGAAGAGGCCUGUAAAAGAUAGACUGGGUGAAAGACAAGAAAUGAAAUAUAAAGGAAGGUAUGAGAUAACAGAAGAAGAUUCAGAGGAAAAAGUGGCAGAUGAAAUUGCUUAUCGGCUUUGUGAGCCAAAGAAGGAUUUAAUUGCCCGAGUAGUGAAAAUAAUUGGGAAGAGAAAAGCUAUCGAACUGCUUAUGGAAACAGCUGAAGUGGAACAAAAUGGUGGACUGUUCGUAGUGAACGGCACUAGGAGAAGAACACCAGGGGGCGUUUAUUUAAACCUGCUGAAGAACACGCCUAGCAUCAAAGAAGAACAAAUCAAGGAAAUAUUCUAUCUGGAAAACCAAAAAGAGUAUGAAAACAAAAAAGCAGCUAAAAAGAGGAGAAUACAAGUUCUAGGGAAGAAGAUGAAAAAAGCCAUUAAAGGGCUUAACCUGCAAGAAUAUGAUGAUGCAUCUCGUGAGACUUUUGCUAGUGACACAAAUGAGGCUCUGGCUUCCCUGGAUGAUCUACAGGAGGGUCAUCAUGAAGCAAAGAUGGAACCUGAAGAUGUUAUUGAAAUUGAUAACACUCAUGAUUUGGAGAUCUUCUAGUUACUAAUAUUCUUGAUAACAAAGUCACUAUAAAACAUAUUAAAUGAGCCUUUGUUAUAAUCCCAUGGCUUCUUGUUUUCAUAAGCUGCAGAAACAGGAACUAUUUCAUGCUGAAGAACAUGACAUAAUUCUUAGCUAAAUUUAACAGCAUGGAAGAUGUUAAUUGUCCUAUUAAUUGUUUGCUGAGUCCUCCAAAGCUGUUAAGAUUUUUCUAGAUAACAGCUCUGCAUCACCAAGUUCCUUAGGAACUUCUUUUAUCCACAUGUUAGGUUUAGGAAUUAAGGCUAUGUUUUAACCAAAUACAUCAUAUUUAAUUUGCUGAAACUAACAUAAUCAUCAAAUAAGCGAUGCUUCUCAUUACAGUUGAACAGAAAAACAGUAUAAAGUUAGUCUUGAUAUAAAGGAUUGUGUGUUCUUAACAUGGCAGUGUAUUGACAAGAAUAGCAGUGUUUAUAGGAUUAAGACCUGUAAAAACAGAUUGGUUUGUGGAAUAAUUUUAAUAGUCAAUGACCUUUGAAUAACAAUCUUGUAAAUAAGCACUGUUGAGCAAUGUAUGUUUUAAAUUUCUGCAGCAGUCUAAUCCUUCGUAUUGUAAUAGUGGCUUGAGCUUCUUACCUGUUCUGUCUAAACUUUUUCCAUUAUUAGACACACACACAGCUUACACAAUCUUUUUGUUUGAAAACAAAUAUAACUGAGUGCUUUCUAAGUAGUGAGAUUUUAGUAAUCUGUGUUCCCCUCAAGGAUCUGUAGACUCUACGUGCAAGUAUAAACCCUUUACCUUGCAAUUCUUGCUUCCAUGCUGCUUCUUGUGUGCAUUAGGACAAAGUAAUGUGCAGCUUGCAGAAGUUCUGAAGUUUUUCUAUGCUGACUCUUAAGAAAACAAUAGUGCGCAAAAGAUGACUUUUUUACUUGAUGCAGAAGACUGUUGUGUAGUUUUUAAGUUCAGUUGAAGACAACUUUUAUGUUGAAUGUUGUUUUUAAUAUAACUGAAGAACAUGUGUGACACUGGUAUUUAUGAUGUCUAAAAUACUUGUCACUAAUAAGUUGUGUUUUCUGUGACUAGACUCUUGUUUUCCAGUAUAAUAUAUUUCUGAAAUAUUAAUGAAUUAAUUCACUUUCAAACCCAACAACAAACUUCUGCACAUAAAUUUUGUUCACCUGGAGUCCUUGGAUUUCAGAAGCAAAGCAUAUCACUAAAACACAUUAAUGAAUUUAUAACAUUGAACAAUUCAGUACUGUCAAGAGCUGGUAUUUAAAGGACUACAAUAUUUGAAGAAAGAGUUCUUAAACCUAUAGCACAUUCUAUUAUAUGUUUUACUAAAUUUAAUUGGAGUUUUGACUUUGCAUUUUUCUGUUCAUGUGCCAGAGCUCCCUAUUUUUAAGAAGUUACUCAUCAGAUGUGAAGCAUGCCUUUUCAGGUAGUAGUUGCUCUUGCUGAAAUAACAAAAGGUUUUGAUUUGUUCAUUAACUUUCCUAACAAACCUGUGAUGAUCAGAGUACUAAACUGAUAAUUCGUGUAAGCGAAACAGAAUUUUGUACUAUUUAAUUAGUUUGGGACUGUACCAUUUGAUCCUAGUUUGGAGAACUGCUUGGGAAUGUCUAAACAAUUUUCUGGAUAGAAUCAGCAAAUUUUAAUGGUAGUUUAAUUUUUUCAUUGUGAUGUAAUUUGCUGCUGAUGAGCACUGUGUAUUUUUUAAAUCUUGAUAUUUUUAAUGUUGAUUUCCCAGGUAAGGGGUACUGAAGCAAUGUGUAAAGUCUUCUCUUUAACAAAAGGAAGAGGAAGCAGACUGCCCAUUCCUUCCUUCCCAUGUCUGACUAACUGGCCUUUGCUUAUCUUCUGUUUUUUCUCUCUUUUCUAUUUUCUUUGGAACAGAGUCCUUUCAAAGGGAAGCUUGUUCAAAAUGAUGAGCAACUAGUCUUCAUUCAUAUUACACCAGCGAUUUCUUUUUCUUUACCUUUGGCAUCAGGAAGAUUGCAUUAAGCAGCACCAGGUUUUGUGUAGCACUGUAGUGGCUGCAGUCGACCUUUGGUUUAUUAGUGGAGUCGCGGCGCUGAUCCUCCCCUCUCUGCAGCCUGACACAGGCCCCUGCCCUCUUCUGUCGGAUAUGUCUGCUUGUGCUGGUGUGUGGUGGUGGUGGCCCGGCAGUGGCCACAUGGUGAGUCCGUGUGUGACAGUCUGUGUCAGCAAGCCUUGGGUUGAGCAUGGGCGGUGCUGGAGCUGAGGAGCCCAGGGCUUUGGAGUCUGGUGCUGCAGCCACCACAGUUUCCAAAGGGACUGAUGCAGUUGUACAAGGGUGAGAAAGAACAGGCUGUGACAUUCCUUUGUAUUGCUAUAGAUCUGUCUCUUUUGUCCAUAUCUGACAGGUUGCUGGAAGGUGUUGAGAGGGAUGCAGUGGUGGUCAUUUUCAUCUUCCUCAUCAAAGAGCUUUUCAUUCCUCCCUCUGUGUUUUCUUCCCCCCAAACUACUGCAAGAGUAGGAAGCAUAGGUAAGGGUAGAGGUUUCCUCUCUUAACUCCCACAUACUCAACUUGUUUAGUCUAUCCUGAGCUGAUACUUGCAGAGAUAGCAGCUCUGCGGUGCUGGUUAGUGGACUGUGUCUUGCCUGAACUGGAUUGUGUGGGCUGUGUUUUGUCUAGGAACAGAUACGCCUGGCUGUUGAGAGUUUUAGUAGCUGAUGUUUUACAGAUAAAAAUGCGAAUGUAAGAGUUGGGUUUUGUGUUCUUAAGGUUCUCUGAUCGGCAGAUGUGAUUGAGGCAUCAUGUUUACUGCAAAUGUAGACUGCAUACUGCCAGGACAAAUCUCCCCCUCCAUCCCUUAAGUUAUAGCAGGGUAAUAAGCCAUCUCUGUCUUGCCUGAAGCAGACAGUGAAGAUGAGGGAAAUGUGCUCUGGUUUGAAAACACAAAGCUUGUUUGUAACCAAAGACAUUUUUCUUCCUUGUAUCCCAAAUUCAAAUAAGAAAACAAUACUUUUUGAUAUCACAGGAAAAAAAUUUAUUAAUGAUUCGGUUUUAUAGUGGAUCAUGAAAUCAUCACUUUAAGUAUAAUUAUAGUAUUACAGGUUUUUCUUCCCCUUCCAAGUAGAUGAUCUUAUUAAAAUGUUUUUAUGUCCUCUAGGCUUAUUAACUCCUACUUGCCAACAUUCUCAAGCAGGCAUGGACUGACCUAGUGCUUACUGUGAUGCUUUGAAAAGAAGAUGUGAAGAAUAAUUUGAUUUUAAAGGUAGUGAUAGUGAGAUCAGAAAGUGUUUUUGUACUGUAUGCAGCUUAAUAGUUGUCCCAUAUUCCCAAGGUGCUGCUGGGUGUCUGGAGCAACUUGUAUUGAAUCCAGUUCCAAACGUCAAGCCAGACAGCAAUGCUUUGCUGUUCUCUCUGUACCAUCUUCAUAAUGCUAGCAGGACAUUUUAUCCUGAACCUUAUUACUGUCUAAACCGUGUCUAAAUCUUUUAUUCUGUUUUUCUUUAUUUUGCUCAUAAUUUAAAAAGAAACAAACCCAAACCUGUGACUGUGACUCCUUUGUUGUGUUAUGAGAAAUGGCUAGAGACAGGUAGUUGGCACAUGUGGGGUUAUUCGUUCUACAGAUAGGUUUGUUAAGGACUGUAUGGUUUCUGAAAGACCUACGAGGAGCCAAAGAGGGAGAGGAGGGAGAAGACAGCAAUAACAAGGUAUAAAGGUGAUGAGAAAAGUGAAGUAAAAAGAUACAUUUAUUAUGACAUGUGCUGUUAUGGAGAAGUUGAAUUCCUUGUAUUUUGUCAGAGUAAAGGUGUGGAGAGGUAGAGUAGGUAAUAAAGGAAACUCAGUUUUUCAAAAGCAUUUUUUUUCAAUCUCAUAAAACUUCGCUAUGGUAACCCUCAUUACUUUUCCCCCUUAACUUAUGCCAUCCUCUGCUGCUGCAGUUUUGACAUGGAAGUGUCUGCCAGAGGCAUUUUUUUUAAAGCUCAGUUUAUUUCAAUGUAUGGAGGAGAAUUGUAUUCAUGGCUCCAGUGAAUAUGGGCUUGGUACCCCACUCCUGUGCCUAAUUCUUACUGGUCAGCAGCAGGUCAAAGAUACAAGUCUGUUUCUGAACUACUGUGGUACUUCAGUGAUUCUGGGAAUAUCCAGUCUUAGAGCCUUUUCCAUCAUAGUUUAAGGGAUUCAAGAAUGUGGCAGAGACAAUGAUUGCAAUUUCCCAGGACCACCUCUUAGAUUCAGGAGGCAGCUGGAGAGCAUGUUGCACAGUGACAAUCUUUGCAGCAGCUGUGACCUCUUGAUGAUUUAGACCUACUGCAUCCUAUCUCAUUCAUGACCUGUCAGGCCAUAGGAAGUUCUUGCAGAACAAAUCUUCCCAAAAUUUAGUAAGGACAUAUUUGAAGCAUUCUCAUCUCCUUAUCUGCAAUACUGAUAGGUGCCACUUUUUCAGAGCUGUGGAAGGAGGAAGGAACACUCAACUGUGAUAGAUUUAAUAUGGCCCAGCCAAAUACAUUUCUAGAAUCACAAACAUCCAGACCUAAAUACUGACAAAAAUGAAAACCAUAUAUCUGAACUUGUAACAGGAGACUCUACGCACAAGUUACAUAUUCUAGAUACUGCCUUUUAGGUAACUUUGGGGGUUUGGGGUUUUUUUUUUUUGCUUGAGCAGAGAGAUUCAUUUUUCAGUUAUUUAAAAAGAAACAAAAAAUUUUUCUUAUCCUGAAAAAUUUUCCCAAAAAGAAUUUUUUUCCCCUUGAAAGAUCAUUUUGUGAUUCAGUAUAUCAGCAUUCCUGUUUAAAACAUCCUUCCUUUGAAAGGUAUUCUCAUUUUUCCCCAGAAGUCACACUUUUUUAAUUUGCCUCCUGAAUUUUUCAUUUGUUCUAUCAGGUUUUUUUCAAAUGAUAGUAGAGCUAUUUACAGUAAUUAUGUUUGUUAUUUAGUUACUACUGAUGAGUUUUGCACUGACGGCCUUCAACCACUGGAAUGUCUUUAUUAGGCAUGCAGAACUUCCUGAAAUAUAUACUGGGGCUCUGGAAGACUGUUCUUGGGCACUAGGAAGGACUUUGCCAUGGAGAAGAAAGAAAAUGCCUCCAAGAAAAAAUAGAUGCCUUGGGAAAUGUUAAUUGCUGAUAUCCUCAUACAUUCCCAUGUUUCCAGAUACUGGGCAACUAUGAUUACUCUUGCAUGCAGAAAACUCAUGACCUCCUUUUUCCUCUUAUAAACAAGCUGGAACAGUGUAGUAUGUAGUGUUUAAACGGCAUGCAACAUUGCACCAAACUCUUAUGUGGACUAUUUUGUGUACAAAGAAAAGUCAAAAAAACCUGUCUUAAUAUUGAUCUGCUGUCCUUGAUAAAGAAUAUGAGAACCCAAAAUAUUUUGGAGUCAAGAUUUUGGUGGAAAAGCAGAAUGUCCAUGUAGAUGUACAGGAGAUAGGUAGCAGCCCAAUUGACGUCUCAUUCUUUUUAAGUCCUGAUGGCUUUCUUCUAUUCCUCCUACAUCUGCUGGAAGUGACCCUAUUCAUUUUUCUUUUGUCCUUCUGGAGAUAUUAUGACCCACCUUACCUUUUUUUUUUAACUUGUUUAAGCAGUUCUAUUUCUCUGCCUAACUGAUACAUAAAUAAAAUACUCUUAACUCCUCUGUAGCAGGGAUAAAUUAUUCCCAAGCCUACUACAGUGAACUAAGAUUUUCUGAAGGACGAAUUUCUGAUCUAAAGUCCCUGACACCUUUUAAAAGAAAAUGAGACAAAUGCAGAAGGAUUCUUGUGAGCCAUCACAGAAAGUGUGCUGAAGAUCUAAGUGAAGAAUAAGCUGAAGUAAAUGAAGGUAUAAAAUAAAUAAGCUCCACAAAUUACUACAGUUGGUUCCAGCCAUCCAAAUGUUUUCCCUGUAGAGCUGUCAGCCCAAGCCAGAUGCAUAUAUCUAAGAAGAGGUGUCAUUCAGUUUUGUCUUAGGAUUCUCUUGCCAACUCCUCAUUGUGUAAAUACCAAAUUGUCAAGCUGGAUAGUGGCAAGUGGGAAAUAUAAAGAAAAAAAAUCUUUAAUUUUGAAAGGGUUUGAGUAUUUUAUAAGUUUUCCAGAAAGUGUUUUUAAUAUCCUGGAUACCUGUUGACUUUUGCCUUAUGUGAUACAAGUAAGUUUGUCUACUGUAACAUUUGUCUAGAUACUUUAUUAUUGUCUUUUAAAACAUGAUAUACUAAAGCUUUAUUUUAGGUCACUCUCUUGAAAAAUAUGUUUUAUCCCAAGUUACUGUAUCUUCAUAUUCUGUUUUGUAGCAUACUAACUCUUAAAUCCAAUGAACAGGAGCUGGCUUCAAAGCUGUAGGUACUUAUUAAUUGCCAUGAAAUACAAAAUACAAAAUUGUCACAAAAACAAAUGAGAAGGGCUUUGAAGAAUUCUAUAUAAUUACUAUCUGUUUAGUUUUGUGUACAUAGAAAUACUGAUCUCCAAAUACCAAUUGUUAUUUUUCCUCAAGUGGUCUCAAAUCCAGACAAGUUGCAUUUAUAUUUACUUAGGAAAAUAUAUAGAAUAUAUAUAGCACCUUGUUGUUUCUCCCUGCAGAACUUCUGUCACAGUGGAUAAAAAUCUAUGGUUGAUACAAUCUUCUCUUCUACAGAAGGCAAUAAAAAUGAGCUAAUGCAUCAUUGCUAUUAAUGCUAAGUGAGUCUAUUUCCCUGCUCUGAAAAUAUGUAACAUUCUCUUGUUCUUUUUUUAUUUGGUUUUGAUUUUUAAUGCUAAUACUUUGAGCUAUUUUCUGUGAACUGCUUGAUUUCUUAUAUUAUCCAGGUUUUCCCCAAUGAAAGGCAAUCAAGAUUAGUUUCUAUGCAAAAACAUUACAGUACCUCUCAAAAGACUGAUGCUUCAGUAAAGUAAUUUGUUAAUUUUAACAAAAUCUUUGGAGGUAAAUUGAACCUUUUAUGUGAUCGGGUUGUCAUUUUGCAAUAAAUUAUUGAUUGUAUAGUGCUCUA